AUGACAUCGAAGCAUCUGUAUCUGUUGACAACGUUUGUUUUUAUUUUGGCUUGUGUGUUUUUAUCUAGCGAUGCCAAUCCCUUCUACGAUGGUCACGAAGAAAAGCAGUAUCGUGAAAAUGAUUCAGGAUUAGAAGAAGAGGGAGAAAAUGAUUGUCCAUAUCACGACGACAAAUAUUAUCCACGUGAAGAAGAAGAAUACGAUACCCAUCGAGACAGACGUAAUGCAGUAGCACAUAUUCCAUUAAGUGAUGAAUAUCGCAAGGAAAAUCAGCGUUUAAUUGACAAUAAAAAGGAACAAGAUGAUUUGGAUAAGGUGAAUGAGCGCACAAAGAGAAUAAUCAUUGAGAAAAAUACUACACCAAUUAUAAUGAAUCCAAAUUAUUUGAAUUUAAAAUUUUUAGCACUUGGUGAUUCAGGUGUGGGAAAGACGUCAAUAUUAAAUCAAUAUGUGGAUGGUGUAUGUGAUGCGAAAUUAGCUCCAACUGUUGGUAUUGAUAUUCGAGACAAAGAUAUUGUGUAUGAAUCGACAAAGUCUCAUUCACCAAAAACGUGGAAAAUACAUCUACAAUUAUGGGAUACAGCUGGUCAAGAACGUUUUCGUAGUAUAACAACAUCAUUUUUUCGUGAUGCAAUAGGAUUUUUACUUGUAUUCGAUCUAACAAAUGAGACAUCGUUUAUAAGUACUCGUAAUUGGAUAACAGAAUUACAAGGAGCAACAUAUACGCAAGAUCAUAAUCUGAUUUUACUUGGAAAUAAAUGUGAUUUAGAUGAUAAACGUAUUAUUAGUAAAAAACGUGCAAGUAAAUUUGCUGAAGAACUUCAAGUAGAUUAUAUUGAAACAAGUGCUAAAGAAAAUUUAAACAUUAAAGAAUCUAUUGACUUAUUACUAGAUAAAAUAAUGAAAAGAUUAGAAAAAAAUGAACAAUUAAUUAAACCAAAUCCAUUAAGUGAACUACCAAUAAAAUUGGGUCAAGAAACUCCAGGCAAGCGGGAUGAAAAACCAUCAUUAAAUUCAAAUAAAAACACCUAUUGGUGCUGUUAUCAAUGA